UUCCCGAUAAUAUCAAACCAUAUUUGGACAAAAUUGUUGAUGUUAAGUCGGAUGGCAAUUGCGGUUUUAGAUGUGUAGCAUCUUUGCUCGGGAUGUCGAAAAAUGAGGAAGAUUGGCCUAGAAUCCGUAUGGAGUUCUUGAAAGAAUUAAAAGACAGAAAGAAACCGCUGAGAAAGACAAAAACAAAGAAGACUCAGAGGAAGAGGAAGAAUCCUGAGACACAGACUCUUCAUUUUUCAUUCUCCGACAUCACGACUACGGCAGUUCCAAUCGUGGGGCGUGAAGUUACUCCUGACUUAGAUUCUGAUAAUAAUUCCGGCAUCGCAACACAUCUGAUUGCAGACGUGGAGGAUCAAUUUACUCCUCCUACUACUACUCCUGCUGUUCCAGUUGCGGGGCAUCAAUUGACUCCUCCUGCUGUUCCAGUUGCGGGGCAUCAAUUGACUCCUCCUGCUGUUCCAGUUGCGGGGCAUCAAUUGACUCCUCCUGCUGUUCCAGUUGCGGGGCAUCAAUUGACUCCUCCUGCUGUUCCAGUUGCGGGGCAUCAAUUGACUCCUCCUGCUGUUCCUGUUGCGGGGCAUCAAUUGACUCCUUACUCUGAUUUUCAUGUCAAUGAUGGCAAUGAUGGCGUCUCAUCUGAGUUUCUUAAAACUCUAAUUCAUCAAAAACAAAUAGAAUCGUAUGCUUGUCUGUUGACUGCUCUGUUGUACAAAAACAACCAUUUCAAUGAGGAAAGGACAAAUUUAUUAAAUGGUCUCAAGAAAGAACUUAAGAUUUCUGAAGAUGAGGAGAUAAAAGUUAUUGAUCAGAUUGAAAAUGAUAGUAACGUCAAUCUAAUUAGGUAUUGUAAUAGUUUGUAA